AUCCCCAUCACCACCACUAAUAACCAAGAAACACCCAUAACAGAGAAACGGAUAGACCUCUCACACACACUCUGAUCUUCAACCACUUUAUCGGUUACAACUGAUGAGUGUGUUACCCUUUUCUUGAAACAUGGAGUCUCUCACUCUAACCACCACCACCACUGCCACCACAAACACUUCAAAGUUCAGAUUCUCUAUCCCAUGUUAUAAAAAUCCCAAAAUUUAUAAGAAUCUUCCUUUUAACCACAAAAGACACAGGAAAUUUGCAGCCUUUGCUGCUAAAGAUGAUGCUAGUUUUGACAGUUAUGACCAAAUGGAGAUUAAGUUUGGUAGGUUGAUUGGUGAAGACCCUAAACUUACCCUUGCAAAGAUACUCGGUAGAAAGACAUUUCCAGAAAUGUCUUCUUUAGAAAUCGAGAAGUUAUACAACAAGAAAGGUCUUAAAGCUUUUAACGACAUAGAGGAGCUCCCAUUUGAUGUAUCCGAUGUUAGGAAAAAACCAAAUGAUUCACUUGACGGACUAAAUUUGACCCGGCCGGUACCCAAGAACAGGGUCAAAUUCGAAAAAAAUGAAUCAUCCGACGGGCUAAAUUUGACCCGACCCGUACCCAAAAAAGGAGUCAAAUUUGAAACAAAUGAUAAACCGGUAGUACCCGAAGUAAAAAGACCAAGUCAACCCUUAGCAAAGGCUCCCAGUAAUCCUGUGCCAAGUGUCGUCCCAAAUGUCGAAUUACGGAAACCGACUACUUUUAACGAUGAUGAUGGUUUGACCACGAUGAUACCUAGACCGAAUUUCGCGUAUAAAGUUAAUAAAGAAGAGGAAGAAGACAGGCUUACGGAUAUGACGAUGGUGAGGAAGCCUGCACCGUAUGUGCAAAAGGAAGAAACAGAAGUUGUGGAUGAUGAGAGUGAAAGUCAAAGUCAAAGUCAAAGUCAAAGUGAAAUUCAAACAGAUGCUUCACUCCUGCAAAAGCCUGAGAUCGCACCAUCUUUGCAACAAGAAGAAACCGAAGUUGUGGAUAAUGGAAGUAAAAGUCAAAGUCAAAGUGAAAUCCAAACAGAUGCUUCACUCCUGCAAAAGCCCGAGAUCGCACCAUCUUUGCAAAAAGACGAAACAGAAGUUGUGGAUAAUGAUAGUCAAAGUGAAAGCCAAACAGAUGUUUCGCAGCCCGGGAUCGAGGUGAAUCAAGAUUUUAGAGAUCAGAAUGAAUCAAGUGCUGAGAUUGAUGAAGUGAAGAACAGUUCAAGAAGAGUCGAUUUAGCCUUCGAGAUAGAAAAGGAGGAUAAUAAUUCAACUGGAUCUCAGCCUUCUGAGCAAACCGAAACAGGGUUCGCCGAGACAGUUUCGGUUCCCGAUAUAGCAGCCGCCUUGAGAGGGCCACCUAAAAGAUUAGAUCAACCCGUCAAAGAUGCAUCAAAGAUCGAGAAACCGGUUUCAAGCCCAACGAAUACAGUACCAACGAGUCCAAUGCGUGACAGUGAAACGUUACCUACAACACCACUUUUAAAGGGCCGUGAAGAUGCCGACUGGAAACGAGCGCAAGAUUUGAUGAAGGCAGAAGGAAGGGAAGAAGUGGAACUCAUAAACUCUAGCACUCGAGGAUUUGUCGCGUCUUUUGGUUCUUUAAUCGGGUUUUUGCCUUACCGAAAUCUUGCCACCAAGUGGAAGUAUUUAGCAUUCGAGUCUUGGUUGAGAAAGAAAGGGUUGGAUCCCGCUAUGUACAGGCAAAGUCUCGGUGUUAUCGGAGGCUAUGAUGCAACAAGCAAGUCAACUCCUAAGUCAACCGUAGAUGUUAAAAAGAUCGAGGGUGAAAUAUCGCCUGAUAUGAAACUUGAGGACCUUCUUGCAAUUUAUGACCAAGAAAAACUCAAAUACUUAUCAUCCUUUGUUGGUCAGAAAGUAAAAGUGAACGUGGUCUUAGCGGAUAAAGAGACGAACAGAUUAAUAUUUUCUGGAAAACCGAAAGAGAAGGAUGAAUCGAUUGAGAGAAAGAAAAAUCUCAUGGCAAAGCUUAAUGUCGGAGAUGUCGUGAAGUGUUGCAUAAAAAAGAUUACGUAUUACGGUAUUUUCGUUGAGGUUGAAGGAGUACCUGCAUUGAUUCACCAAACCGAGGUGUCGUGGGAUGAUACUUUGGACAUCAUAUCUCAUUUUAAAAUCGGACAGGUUGUCGAAGCAAAGGUUCAUCAAUUAGAUUUUUCACUUGAACGUAUAUUCCUAUCGUUAAAGGAUAUUACGCCAGAUCCGUUGAUCGAGACUUUAGAGGCUGUUGUCGGUGAUCAAGCUAACUUGGAUGGUAGAUUAGAAGCAGCCCAACCCGACGAGGAGUGGUCUGAGGUUGAAUCACUUGUGAAAGAACUGCAGCAGUACCAAGGAGUUGACCGGGUAAAGAAAGGCGGGUUUUUCUUGAGCCCGGGUCUGGCCCCGACAUUUCAGGUUUAUAUGGCAUCCGUGGUUGACAACGAGUAUAAAUUGCUUGCUCGGGCCGGAAACAAAGUACAAGAGGUGAUCGUUGAGACAUCGAUGGGGAAAGAAGAGAUGAAAUCAGCGAUCCUAACAUGUGCCAAUAGAGUUGAAUAAUGGUCUCGCAUGUUUCCGUUCGGUUCUUGUAUAGUUUGUUUGCUCAUUCUUCUGGUGUAAGAUGGGUUGAUGUGUGUGAGACUUUUAACCAAGAUCAAGUGUGGUAUUCAUUAUGUGUAGGUUGGGAGUGCUAUGAAGAGAGGUUCUUUGAGGUGGUCUACACAAGUAUAAAUUGGGUUUAUUUCAAGAAAGAUGUAACACCCUAAAUUUAAAAAAAAAAGUGUUUAUUGGUGUUAAAAUAAAUGUAUUCAUUAUUCAAGGCAGCUAUGAUUAUUAUGUGUA